CGGGAGAGAUAAAUGCUGACUCUGAUCCGAAAGUUCCCAACUGCAAAGUUUGCUCCUCCGGCGGCCGCUGCGGGCGAAGGCUGGGACCCCUCCCGCGCUGGGACUUUUGCUCCCCACAUUUUCCAGCCCCCAGUCUCGCGCUCCAUCAAGCGAGGGCCUCUGGCUGAGGAGCUUUUUUCAGAAUCUUCCCCCAGCACAGAAACGAGCUGCUCGGCCCCCCAAAGAACAAGUCAACUAAGAAGAUGUGGAAGGUGCCAGUUCUGUUCUUCGUUUUGGGAAGCGCAUCGCUCUGGCUCCUGGCAGAAGGAGCCAGCACAGUCCGGCCAGAAGAUGCCAUGACUACAGGUGUGGAAAAUGACAAGGCGACCCUGCGUGUGGAAGAUUACACAGUGACCCCAGGUGCCGGGAGAGAGCCCCAUGAGUCUGCUGGCUUGACAGCUCUGAUGCCGACAAGAACAAAGAGUAUGACAGACAGUCACAAAGAGGACCUGCCAACUGCGGAAAGCACAAUCCACUCCCAAGGACAAAGCCAGAGCACCACAACCCCGAAUGUGGCAACUAGUCAGUCCCCAGGGAAAACAGAUGGAGAAAAACCAACAACAGUUGAGAAAGGUGGCUUGUCAACAGUGACCCUGGUUGGAAUCAUAGUUGGGGUCUUACUAGCCAUUGGAUUCAUUGGUGGAAUCAUCACUGUGUUUGUUCGAAAAAUGUCGGGAAGGUACUCGCCCUAAAGAGCUGAAGAAUUGUGCCCUCCUGCCAAUAUGUUUUAAUAAAGAGAGUUUCCGACUUCCCUCCCCAUCCCUGAGCGUGUGGAGAAGAUGACCCGUGGAAAUGCUUCACCACUGCACUCAAAAAUCCACGGUGAUUCCUCCACUUGCCAAAAGUAAUGGAAGGAAAGAGCAUUCAUAAGACUUGCUUCUCUAAGCGUUUGUCUUUUGAAAAAAAAAUUUUUCUAAUAUAAAUUUUGUAUAAGAUGAUUUAAAAGACAAAAUGCAUAGAAAACGGAGCAAAACUAUGUCAUCUGAUGUGUAUCUAAGGUAGACAAUAUAAUCCAAUCGAUGUUAGAAACUGAAAUCAUGUCUUUGUUCUGAUUGUUCUCUGUUGUUGUUAAAAUGCAAAGGAAUUUGGAAAUAUUUAUACCAAUGGCGUCCUUGGGUGUAAAGCUAUGUCAGUAAGUGGCAUAAGCAUUUUGCAGUUUCUGAUCUGUUGAAAUGUAUGCAUUCCAGUCUAAUUGGGUCUGUUUUUAAAGCCUGAUUUGGUGUGAAUAAUCAAGUAGAAAAUCUAAACUUGCAUAAUAGGUAAUGAGCAACUGCCUUUCACUGGUCUGGGUAAAUCAUUUCCAAGGUAUCUAUUUUAGAUCAUAAACAGAAGUCUGUACUUUGGGGAAGGCAUUUUGUGUCUCACAACAAGGGCACCGACGGGGCCUCAGUGUGCUCAGCUGCCUGCUCCAGUGAUGACUUUAUGAAACAAAGGUUUGCUUCUACCUGCCCCCUUCCACUUCCCUCAGAUGAUGGAGAUCCAGAGCUAAAGGGGUGACCUUCUCUCUUCCCCAUGAUACAAGUCCUCCAGAUUGGCUACUUUGCUCUGGAAUAUGAGGACCUCAGCCCUGGAUGCCAAGGAGGCUGCUGAAGGCCCAAUGGUGCCAGAGGCUCAAGUGUUCCAGGAACCGAGAACCACAGUGACCCCCAAACCCUGUGUGUGCCUCUGAGAAAGAGAACCUGCCAGUUUCCUAACAUUUACUUUCUGCCUCGGAAGAAAGAUACGGGAAUACUGAUUUUUAAAAAGCAGCUGGAUUUAGAGACUUUAUUUUAAAAUGAAAGAUAUUUCUGGUCUUCAUGAGAUCCCACAUAUUUCUGUGGGGUCACAAUUGACAGUUCUGUAUUGGCACCAUCCAACUCAGGACAUUUCUCCCUGUAGGUCAACUGAAUUCUUUCUCCUACACAAAAAAAUUUUUGUACUGAGCAGAUGCUAUAUCACAGUUGUGGUUGUACAGUUCUGAUAGCCUCUAAACUUGUACGGGUUCAUAAAACAGGAAAAAGUAAACUAUCAGUCUACUUUGG